AUGGGGGCUCAGCGGCCUCCGAGAGGAGAGACCCACGUAUCGGUCAUGGUACUCCGGGCCAUCGGAGAUCUCCCCGCCAUCAUCUGGGAGGUCCUGGCCGCCAUCAUAUGGGAGGGGUGGGUCUCCAUCACGAACCAGCUGCGUCUCCUCAUGGCGACCUACCCCCUGAUGGUACUCUUCUUCUUUUCCACCAGCGGUCUCGACGUCACGAUGCUGGUCAGCACGUGUUGCGUCGCCUACCUCUACGCGUGCUUCCUCUACUAUUUCCGCCUGCGAGACCGGCUACCCUGGGCGUGCCUCGUUGCGACUCUCCUCUGGUUCGAAGGCCCGGACAGGCAAUUGAUGCGUCGCGGGGCAGUUGCGGUCUUCAUGUUGGCGCGGGACGAUGACUGGAGCGCCGUGGUGGACAAGAGGUUGCGGAAGCAGACGCUGCCGUGGCAAGAUGGGAGCGGCUUUGAGUUUCUGUACAACUUUGAGGGUCGCGAGCUGCUUCGGGAUGUGGCUUUGUACUGGGUCAACACGCUCUGCUCGUCGUUUGGACGGCACCGUGUACCUGAUGACUUCACUCUGCGGACUUCGGUCAGGAUUAUGGAUGUGCUGGUCUUGCCGCUUCUUGGGCUGGUCGACUGGGCUUGGCGGUACAGGCAGUCCCGAAACGCGUGA